UGGUAUGAGCUUUAAACUCAUAGAAGCAAAAAUUAAAGCAAAGAGCAAAACGAGUGAAAGAGAGAAUAGAAAGAAGAAAAAAAAGAAUGGAAGUAGCACAGGUACUGCACAUGAACGGAGGCGUUGGAGACGCAAGCUAUGCAAACAACUCCUUUGUUCAGCAAAAGGUGCUUUGUUUGACAAAGCCCAUAAGAGAGGAAGCCAUAACAAGCCUCUAUUGCAACACACUCCCUAGAAGUUUGGGAAUUGCAGAUUUAGGUUGCUCUUCUGGACCAAACACUUUGUUUGUGGUUUCAGAAUGUAUCAAGACUGUGGAGAAGCUUUGCCAACAGCUGAACCAUAAAUCUCCCGAAUACAAGGUCUUUCUCAACGAUCUUCCUGGGAAUGACUUCAACAACAUAUUUAAGUCUCUUGACAGCUUCAAAGAGAAAUUGUAUCAUGAAAUGGAAAGUAGGGUUGGUCCAUGCUACUUCUCUGGGGUUCCCGGUUCUUUCUAUGGCAGGGUUUUCCCUAAUCGAAGUCUUCAUUUUGUUCAUUCCUCUUACAGCCUUCAAUGGCUAUCUAAGGUUCCUGAGGGUGUAGAUAACAACAAGGGCAAUAUUUACAUAAGCAGUACAAGCCCGUCAAAUGUUGUGAGAGCAUACUACGAACAAUUUCAAACAGAUUUCUCGCAUUUUCUGAAGUGUCGAGCAGAAGAACUUGUUGAAGGAGGUCGUAUGGUUCUCACAAUUUUGGGAAGAAGAAGCGACGAUCCAUCUAGUAAGGAUGGUUGCUACAUUUGGGAGCUUAUGGCUAAGGCUCUUAAUGAUAUGGUCUUGGAGGGAAUCAUAAAGGAAGAACAAUUGGAUACUUUUAACAUCCCUCAAUACCAUCCAUCCCCAUCUGAAGUGAAAUUAGAAGUUUUUAAAGAAGGAUCUUUCGUCAUGAAUCGUCUAGAGGUAUCAGAAGUGAACUGGAACCGGAAUGCCAUUGAUGAUUGGAACAGUACUCGUGACUUUGAAUUUGAAAGGCCUUAUGAAUCGCUUGGUGAUGGAGGGUACAAUAUGGCACGAUGCAUGAGGGCUGUGACAGAACCAAUGCUGAUUAGCCACUUUGGAGAAGCUAUCAUUGCAGAGCUUUUUAGCCGAUACCGACAAAUCUUGACUGAUUGUAUGUCCAAGGAGAAAACUGAGUUUAUCAAUGUUACCAUAUUAUUGACUCGAAAUGCAUAAGCAAGAAGUUUGCAUCUAUGGUAUUUCAGAAAGAUUGUCGUAAUAAUUUGAUAUAAUUGUUUGUUUGCUUUUUUA